CCUUCUUACCAGACCACUGCACGUGUUAAACAGCCAGCUGUUUACAAUAUUUCUAAAGUCUGGACGUUUGCUCGCUCAUGGUGAUAUAAUAAAACAACAACAUUAUCGUUACAGAGUCAGAGUGCAGUAAUGCCGAAAGCGAAAAGAUCUAAGGGAGGAGGGGAGAAGAGCGAGGCAUCCAUGGCGCUAGCCGAACAGAUACUGCAGGCGGACACGAUUCGAGCCCGAGGCCGGGUGAAGAACAGAGACACCCGUGCAGAAAACGAGGACAAGUACGUCGACGAGCGACUAUCGCGGAAAAUCUUACAGCAAGCCCGAAUCCAACAAGAGGAGCUACAGACCGAAUAUGGCUUGGCACCAGAGAAGAAGAAAGCCCCGGUCACUGUCCUGGGGCCUGACUCUCAGGGUGCUGAUUCUGAUGAGGAAUGGCCAGCAAUGGGGGAGGCAGGUGCUGAUGAUGGCACUGCUGAGUGUGAUGCUGAAAUUGUCAUAGACCCGGAUGAUGAGAAGGCCAUUGAGUUGUUCAUGAACAAAAACCCACCAAUGAGACGGACUUUAGCUGACAUUAUCAUGGAGAAGAUCACAGAGAAGCAGACUGAAGUAGGAACUGUGAUGUCUGAGGUGUCGGGGCACCCAAUGCCCCAGCUAGAUCCGAGAAUAAUAGAGGUGUACAAAGGUGUGGGUAAGGUUCUGUCAAAAUAUCGCAGUGGUAAACUGCCCAAGGCUUUUAAGAUAAUACCUGCACUUGCAAACUGGGAGCAGGUUCUGUAUUUGACUGAGCCGGAGGCCUGGUCUGCUGCUGCCAUGUACCAAGCAACAAGAAUAUUUUCCUCAAAUCUAAAAGAGCGAAUGGCCCAGCGAUUUUAUAACUUGGUGCUGCUACCCCGUGUGAGAGAUGAUAUUGCAGAGUACAAGCGCCUCAACUUCCAUCUCUACAGUGCACUUAAGAAGGCCCUGUUCAAACCAGGAGCUUGGUUUAAAGGAAUACUCCUUCCCCUGUGUGAAUCAGGGACGUGCACUCUCAGGGAAGCCAUCAUCAUCGGGAGCAUACUCACGAAGUGUUCAGUUCCUGUGCUGCACUCCAGUGCUGCAAUGUUAAAGUUGGCAGAGAUGGAGUAUAACGGUGCCAACAGCAUUUUCCUGCGUCUGUUGCUCGACAAGAAAUACGCCCUGCCUUUCCGUGUUGUAGAUGCCUUGGUGGCGCACUUCCUGUCCUUCCGCAGUGAAAAACGUGUUCUUCCUGUGCUGUGGCAUCAGAGUCUGCUCACUCUGGCCCAGCGUUACAAGGCUGACCUAGCCUCCGAACAGAAGGAAGCACUACUGGAGCUGCUCAAGAUACAAACACACCCUCAGAUUGCUGCAGAAAUUCGCAGGGAGCUACAGAACUCUGAGUCCAGGGAUGUCGAAAUUGGACUCCCUGUUACAGUUGAAAUGGACUAACACAGACUGGUUUGAUGCAUCAUCCUGCUUACUCAUAUCCAAAAAGACUGUUUUUUGUCAUGAUAAAAGAUAUAAAAAUCCA